AUGGGGGAAAUACGAACGAUAACUAGAGGACCCGUAUCAGGAGGAUCGUACAAGUCUCUGAAGAAGACUUACCAUAGGCAAAUCAACAAUGUUCACAUCAAACAUCCGUCUCCAAAGUAUCGACAAUUAAAGAGUGACGAUAUCACGUUCUCUAAGCGGGAUGCAAAUGGGAUUAAGCAACCCCAUGAUGAUCCACUUGUCAUUGUAUUGGAAAUUGAAGGUUUCAACAUAAGGAAAGUAUUGGUUGAUAACGGGAGCUCCGCGAAUAUAAUGUACAUGACAGCUUACCAGCAGUUGAGGUUGGAUCCGAAGAAGUUUAGACCUUUCAAAUCCCCAUCGGUUAGCUUUAGUGGAGAUCAAAUUUAUCCAAAAGGGAUCAUCUCAUUGUUAGUCAUAGCUAGAACAUAUCCAGCCCAGAGGUUAGUAAAUCAGAUGUUUAGCAAGCAGAUUGGAUGGAAUAUAAAGGUCUAUGUGAAUGACAUGCUUGUGAAGAGCAGGAAAGUAGAAUUACACUUGGACAACCUCAAAGAAACUUUCGAUACAUUGAGGAAGUAUCAGAUGAGGUUAAACCCAGCGAAGUGUGUAUUUGGGGUCUCAUUGGGCAAGUUUUUAGGUUUCAUGGUCUUACAACGAGGCAUAGAGGCUAAUCUUGAGAAAGUCAAAGCCAUAUUGGAUAUGACAUCCCCUAGGAGUGUGAAGGAGGCUUUCCAAUGGACAGAUGAGUGCGAAGAAGCCUUCCAAGCACUCAAGGAUUACCUAUCCAAGUCCCCACUCCUGAGUCCGUCCAUCGAAGGAAAAGAUUUAUUCAUGUACUUAGCUGUCUCCCAGACGGCUGUAAGCUCGGCAUUGAUCCAUGAAGAGCUCAAGAUUCAGAAGCCAGUUUAUUACACAAGCCAGGCCUUCCAGGGCGCGGAAGCAAGAUACCCAAGGAUAGAAAAAUUAGCCCUCGCCUUAAUCGUCGCAUCAAGAAAGCUCCGUCCCUACUUUCAGAUAGUAUAUACAAACGGCUUGUCAGCUUCAGGCAUGGGUGGACUAGAUGUGAUUCUCUUGUCCCCUGAAAAAUACAUCCUCAAGUACAGAGUCCGGCUUCAGUUCCGAGCAACGAAUAAUGAAGCAGAGUACGAAGCUGUCUUUACGAGCUUGAGGGUUGCAAAGGCCCUAAGUGUACCUCGAAAAGAAAAUUCUGAAGCAGACGAGGUUGCUAGAUUGGCAUCGUCGGAGACCAAUGAACGACGACCUGGAUUGUACAUGGAGUGCCUCGACCCAGAAGAUGCUGAGUACGUACUAAGAGAAAUCCACAAAAGGGUGUGUGAAAAUCACUGUGGACCACAGUCACUCAUUGGGCAAGUUUUUCAUGCAGGAUAUUUUUGGCCAACUAUGCAAAAAGAUACAACUCAGGUUGUUCAGAGGUGCGACAAGUGCCAACGGUUUGGAAAUGUGCAGCAUGUCCCAACCGAGCACUUAACUAACAUCACCUCAGCAUGGCCAUUCUCCACAUGGGGAAUCGACAUAAUGGGCCUUCUACCCUCGGGUAAGAAACAGGUAAAAUUCCUAGUCGUCAUUAUUGAUUAUUUCAUGAAAUGGGUGGAAGCAGAGCCUUUGGCAAUUAUAAUGGAGGCCAAGAUACAACACUUCAUGUGGAAAAACCUCGUUUGUCGAUUUGGAAUUCCACGAGUCAUCAUCUCUGACAAUGGACGAUAA